AUGAUGAUGGACAACGGGGUGUUAACUAAUAACUAUGAGUACCCGGACGGGUACAUGGAACAAGAGGAGGAAUGGGAGCGCGAAGGUCUGCUGGACCCGGCUUGGGAGAAGCAACAGAAAAAGACCUUCACAGCAUGGUGCAACAGCCAUUUGAGGAAGGCGGGCACUGGCAUCGAAAACAUCGAAGAAGAUUUCCGCAAUGGCUUAAAACUGAUGCUGUUGCUUGAAGUCAUUUCUGGAGAGACCCUGCCCAAGCCUGACCGCGGCAAAAUGCGUUUCCACAAGAUCGCUAAUGUCAACAAGGCUCUAGACUUCAUUGCCUCAAAAGGCGUGAAGUUGGUCUCCAUCGGUGCUGAGGAAAUUGUAGAUGGCAACCUUAAGAUGACCCUUGGUAUGAUUUGGACUAUCAUCUUGAGAUUCGCAAUUCAAGACAUCUCAGUCGAAGAAAUGACCGCAAAGGAAGGUCUACUUCUGUGGUGUCAACGAAAGACAGCGCCUUACAAGAAUGUAAACGUGCAAAACUUCCACCUGUCCUUCAAGGACGGUCUCGCGUUCUGUGCCCUGAUCCACAGGCACAGACCAGAUCUGAUCGACUACAGCAAGCUGUCCAAAGACAAUCCCUUGGAGAACUUGAACACCGCCUUCGAUGUCGCGGAGAAAUACCUAGACAUCCCUCGCAUGUUGGACCCCGACGACCUUAUAAACACGCCCAAGCCCGACGAACGCGCCAUAAUGACCUAUGUGUCAUGUUACUACCACGCGUUCCAAGGCGCGCAACAGAACACGGCCAUGCCGGACGAGCGAGCCGUCAUGACCUACGUCUCGUCUUACUACCAUUGCUUCUCUGGCGCUCAGAAGGCUGAAACUGCCGCAAACCGCAUCUGCAAAGUUCUCAAAGUCAACCAGGAGAACGAACGCCUCAUGGAAGAGUACGAACGUCUCGCCAGUGAUCUAUUGGACUGGAUUCGACGCACUAUGCCCUGGCUGAACAGCCGCCAAACUGACAACUCUCUCGCCGGUUGCCAGAAGAAACUGGAGGAUUACCGUACUUACAGGCGUAAGCACAAGCCACCACGUGUAGAACAGAAGGCCAAGUUGGAGACUAACUUCAACACGCUGCAGACCAAACUGCGUCUCAGCAAUCGCCCAGCCUACAUGCCCACCGAAGGCAAAAUGGUUUCUGACAUCGCCCAAGCCUGGAAGGGUCUGGAAAUAGCGGAGAAGGCCUUCGAAGAAUGGCUGCUCUCCGAGAUGAUGAGACUCGAGAGGCUCGAGUACCUGGCUCAGAAGUUCAAGCACAAGGCUGACAUACACGAAGACUGGACAAGAGGCAAGGAAGAGAUGCUUCAGUCCCAGGACUUCAGGCAAUGCAAGUUGUACGACAUCAAGGCUCUGAAGAAGAAGCACGAGGCCUUCGAGUCCGACCUCGCGGCGCACCAGGACCGGGUCGAACAGAUCGCUGCCAUCGCUCAGGAGUUGAAUACUCUGGAGUACCACGAGGUAGGAGCGGUGAACGCUCGUUGCCAGCGCAUCUGUUCCCAGUGGGACCGUCUCGGAGCCCUCACUCAACGACGUCGCGCCGCCCUUGAUGAUGCUGAACGUCUGCUCGAACAAAUCGACCUCCUGCAUCUGGAGUUCGCGAAGAGAGCCGCGCCCUUCAACAACUGGUUGGACGGUACUCGCGAGGACUUGGUGGACAUGUUCAUCGUGCACACCAUCGAGGAGAUCUCCGGACUGAUGGACGCGCACGCUCGGUUCAAGGCGACCCUCGGGGAGGCAGACAAGGAGUACCAGGCCAUCGUGAACCUCGUGCACCAGGUCGAGGCCAUCGUGAAGCAGCACCAGAUACCCGGAGGGCUGGAGAACCCUUACACCACGCUCACCGCGCAUGAGUUGAACCGCAAGUGGUCAGACGUGCGGCAGCUGGUGCCGCAGCGGGACAGCACUCUAGCGGCGGAGCUCCGCAAGCAGCAGAACAACGAGACGCUGAGGAGACAGUUCGCGGAGAAGGCCAACGCUGUGGGACCCUGGAUCGAGAGACAGAUGGACGCCGUCACCGCAAUCGGAAUGGGACUACAGGGCUCUUUGGAAGACCAAUUACAUCGGCUGAAGGAGUACGAGGCGGGAGUGUACGCUUACAAACCGCACAUUGAAGAACUAGAACGUAUCCAUCAAGCCGUGCAGGAGGGCAUGAUCUUUGAAAACAGGUAUUCACAAUACACCAUGGAGACUCUCCGCGUGGGCUGGGAGCAGCUACUGACGUCUAUCAACCGCACCAUCAACGAAGUCGAAAACCAGAUCCUCACGCGCGACUCGAAGGGCAUCACACAGGAACAACUCACUGAGUUCCGCGCAUCCUUCAACCACUUCGACAAAAACCGCACUGGUCGUCUGGCUCCUGAAGAACUUAAAUCUUGCCUCGUGUCACUCGGCUACAGCAUCGGUAAAGACAGGCAAGGGGAACUGGACUUCCAACGCAUUCUUGCUGUUGUCGACCCUAACAACACUGGCUACGUCUCGUUCGACGCCUUCUUGGACUUCAUGACCAGGGAAUCAACUGACACUGACACUGCUGAGCAAGUUAUUGACAGCUUCAGGAUCUUAGCCGGUGACAAGCCGUAUAUAACUGCGGAGGAGUUGCGUCGCGAGCUGCCUCCCGACCAGGCAGAGUAUUGCGUGGCUCGCAUGCCGCCAUACCGCGGACCGAACGCUCCGCCACACGCACUCGACUACAUGGCCUUCUCCACCGCGCUCUACGGGGAGACUGACCUCUAA